AUGCAGCAGCCUCAAGAAAAUAAUAAUAUUGAAUCGUUAAAUGUGUUAACAGAAGCAGAAACAGUUGAGAUAAGAACAUUCGAGGGGGCAUAUUGGAGAACCAGUUUAUCAGCAUUUGGAUUUGCUCUAAUUAUCUUGCGCAUAUUUGAAGAUUCAUUCUAUCGAAUUGGGAUGGUGUUUGUAGUGUAUGGUGCAAUUUUAUUGUGUAUUUCCCUGUUUAAAAGAAAUAAUACUUCAUAUAUCAUAGAUAAAGAAAAACCAUUUGUUACAAGUGGACUUGUACUCACCAGUAAUAGUCCUUUCACUCACGUAGCUUCUCGUGAUUACACAAUUACAAUGGCAGCUUUUGAUUCGAAGCUAAAAGAUGAUAAACGUACCUCGGUGCUUAUGACACGAAACGAUUCUACAAAAUAUGUACUUUGUAAUUUGAUACCAGGAAUAGAACAACAAAUCUUGAAUCAAACUAUCUUCAGUGGAAAUGGACCGUCAUCGGGGCAAACAAUCAUUGAUGAGCACUUUCAACCUAAUAUUUUACCCAACGAUUCAAAUAUAAUGUCGUCAACAUCAAAAGUUGAUGGUAAAACUAAAAAUAAGAAUGGAAGUGGAGAUGAAAGUGGCAGCAACGAUAAAAACGAGAACGGAGGAAAUGUGAGAGGAAAUGGAAAAUUAAAGAGAUCAAUUGAUACUUUAAAUUCAAAUGAUUCAUCAAUUGCUAAUCACAAUGCUGAUAAUGAUAAUGACAAUGAUGGUGAUAAGGAUGUUGAAGAAAUUAAUGGCGAAAAGAAGCAAGUCAAAAAACGUAAGACCAAUUCUGGUAAUAAAAAGGUUACUAUUGAAGAUAACGAUACCAAUAGUAACUCGAAAACAAACGAGGAGAAAAAUGAAGCAGGUUUACCUAAAUCACCCAAACCAUCAAAUGAUAAAAGUCCAAAUAAUCAAGAGAAAAAAGUUAAGAAUGUUGAUGGACGUUUGAAGGAGAAUGGCAAAGUAUUUGAUUCAAAUACAACUGGGAGACCUUUUUUUUUUACUCUAGGAAAAGCUGAAGUCAUUAAAGGUUGGGAGAUAGGAAUAAAUGGAAUGUGUGUUGGAGGUGAAAGAAAAUUGGUGAUUCCACCUGCACUUGCAUAUGGCACUAAAGGUCAUCCCCCAACAAUUCCCAAAGGUGCAACGUUAGAAUUUGAAGUAAAAUUAUUAAAAGUUGAUUAA